AUGUCUACAAUCGCAAAGCUUUCCUACCACGAGUGCAGUAUCUGCCACAAACGCUACACAAACAAGAAACUUGUAGCCAAGUGUGAAGUUCAAUGCCUGGAAAAAGUUUAUAAAGAGAUGAAUGAUACCCAAAGUUUGCAAGUUGCUUCUGUUUUUGAGCAGACCCAUGAUAAAAAAGAUAAAUAUACAAAUGUAUCCAAUUGUGAUAUUGAACAUGAGGAUUCUAUGGAAAAUGAUUUGGCAAUCAUGGAUGUUACUGAAAAUGUCAUUGAUGAUACUUCUCCUCAGUUGGUUUAUGACUUUAGUGCUCCUGUUCCUGUUUCUGGCUACAACAAUGCAAAGAAUCUUGAGCUUAUGAAGAUUAUCAAAGAGUUUAGCAUUUCCCAGAAGACCUACAUUAGUCUGGCAAAACACUUCAAUGAAAUUCUCAGCAGAUCAAGUGAGAUAUCAUAUAGAGCUUGUACUCCCUACCUUGGUACCAAACUUCUUUUUCGAUUUCUUGGUGUCGAUGAGGAGACAUACCACAUUUGUUGCAAUGGGUGUAUGUUAUACAACAACGAUCAGCAAACGGAGUGCCCAUUACAAGACCAGCAAGAGAAGCCAAUAUGCUGUUUCAAGCACUUUGAUGAGGUGGCUUCAUCUAGCAAAAAAGGGCUAACUGGUCAAUAUCCCUUCUACUUACUGGAUUCCUUCUCUGAUCUGUUCUUCUUUGCAUUAGAUGAAAUGCACACCAUUUGUCACAGCAUUGGCAAACAGGUCUGGAGGCUCGUGUGCAGCAAGUAUGAAAAAGAUCAUCCUCUCUCUCUCUCCCUUGCUGCUCAGAAAGAAAUUGGUACUGCCAUAGUGUCAACCAGAAGAAGCAUUCUGACAUCUUUCCACAGUGCUUGGAUAAAUGUUACACGUGUCCAUGACCAAGCUGCCCAUAAGACAUUGUUUGACCUGGUGCAGACAUGCAAUCUACUUAUGAGCUGGGAGUUAUUAGCAGAGGAGCAAACCUUAAUUAAAACAUAA